AUGUCGAUCAAGCUUGAGAAGGUCCCUCCCCACCGUUUGUCGCAGCUAUGCGAUCCUACAUCUUUGAAACUUAAGAAGCUGCUGAAUCGAAAUCACAAUGAGCACGCCAUUCUUCGCGACCCUCGACUAAUCCUACACAACCAUAUGCCGCAUGCUCUUGGAUCGUCUUAUCUUCUAGGCGCGACAGACUCCCAGUUACAGCAUAUUUUCGACGUCGAAUCCCCUCAUCUAGUCGAAUCUGACGACAAACGAAUCACGCAUGAAGAGGUCACCACAUUCAACUGGAGGAAGUUUCUUGGGCAGAAGCCAUACACUGCGGCCUAUGCCAUAUUCUUUGACGGUGAAGUUGCGAAAUACGGCGGCGACUGGAAAAAGGUUGUAGAAGACUAUGUCUGGGCUGGACCUGAACCGAUUAUCAACGGAUUCUCUGGAGGGCUCGGUCACCCUUUCAUUCAUCUUGCAUACGCAUACGAGUUUGAUGACGAAAAGGUCGCCACGGAAGCCUUGAGUAUGGGUUGCACGGAGUACGAUCCGACUCACGAGGUUCUGGAUAACCCUCCACCAGACACGUCAACUUACAAGACCAAAAGCAUCAAGGAAGUUCUGGGUCGUAUCCGUGCCGACAAGAGAUUCGAUGGCUACGUCGAUUCCCCGGGGUUCGUGAAUCUCUUCACACUCCUCGGCAGAUUCAGAUCUGAAAUUUUCGAACACUGGCACGCGUGGGUCGUCGAGGAUCCAGACUCACAGCUCGGGGACUGCGCCAAGAUGGCAGCGGGGCUGUUCAUGGAAACGCGCAAUAAUGAGGAGGGCAUGUUCGAUUUCUUCGUGGCCCACAUUUUGACUUUUGCACAUGCUUUACGCAUUCUUCUGCCGCUCUGGUCGCAUGAGCAGAAGGUUUCGGUGAUGAGACAAUACGGCCUCUAUACGAUGAUGGUGUACAUCGCACAGCUUCGACCGGGCCUCGACUGGGAUGAAGAAGGGUUGCCAAAGGGUGGCGAGACACCUGCGUGGGACACAAUUUUCAAGAACUCAUUGAACAGCAAGUGGAUGACUGACGUGCACUUCCCGAAGGUCGUCAGAGGUAUGAAGGUGGUUGAAGAGACUUGGGGGGCUUCAGGCGGACUGUAUCAACGAGCAGCCGACGUGCUCUGCGUCCUUUGGUCGGCAGUUGAGCAAGCAAGUCGUAGCAAGUGGUCAAAUAACCUCAGCCAACUGACGGCCUGGCAACAAACACUCCUGUUUCUCCUACUGCUCUUGGGCAGUACUAUUUGGGUCUCCAUCUGGACGGUCUUGGCCCGCAAACAUGUAUUUGAGAAGCGCUUCGAUGAAAUAGUCCGAGCAGAGCGCGCGCGUAAACUCAGUCGCCAGGGCAGUACCAUAUCGCUAGGUUUGCCGCGACUACCUCUCGACUUGCCCAGGCUGCAGAUGGCAUUCUCCUUUGGUAAAUCGCAGUCAGCACCGCCACCUCCAGGCCAGUCUCUCAGAGCUACAAAGACUGCCGAGUCGGAGAAGGGCGAAACUCGGGCAGACGACAAACGAGCGGACGAUGCAGGAGCCUCGCCCAAAGACCGCCGCCGGCCUACACUCGAGGAUGCACCUGGGGAUGUGCCCGGAAGCACCCAGGAGGUGACGGACUCGCAGGCACCGGGCCACAUUACCUUUGACGAUGCACCGCACCCCAAUGUCGCCGACAACCAAGCCACCUCGACGGGAGUCUCUCUUCUUGGCAACCCGAAUGGACCGGCGCGUCCACUGAGAAGGCCCUACAAUGCUUCAGUAGAUCUGACUACUGCCGACGCGGACGCUCGCAACUUCUUGAAACAUCGUGCAGCUAGUCGCCAGGGUCAGUUCCAUGACCUAAGCAGCGAUGAACGCGAUCAUCUCGGCGGCUGCGAAUACCGUGCCCUCAAGGUCCUAGCCAUGUUGGUGCCAACCUAUUACUUCCUGUGGCAGGUUCUGGCAUCCCUUGCCCUUGGAGCCUGGAUGAACAACUACAUGCCCGAUACGGCAAGGGCUAACGGUAUCAAUCCGUGGUGGCUCAGUAUCUUCAACGCCGUUUCUGCCUUCAAUAAUUCGGGCAUGUCGCUCCUGGACGCCAACAUGAUUCCUUUCCAACAGGCGCCGUACGUUCUCAUCACAAUGGGUCUCCUGAUCCUGGCAGGCAAUACCGCGUACCCUCUCUUCCUUCGUCUCAUCAUCUGGUCCUCUCUCCGCAUCCUGAACCUGACCACGCGAGAAGACGCUUUCAUCGACCUAAAAGCUACUCUAGCGUUUAUUUUGAAAUACCCUCGCCGAGUUUACACCAAUCUCUUCCCUUCUCGACCCUCUUGGUGGCUUUUAUUUAUGUUGAUUUCACUCAACUCUGUGGACUGGGUGGCCUUUGAGGUUCUCAACAUUGGGAAUUCUGUCAUCGAGAAGAUACCCACAGGCUACCGGGUGCUCAAUGGUCUCUUUCAAGCACUUGCUGUGCGGUCCGGAGGUUUCUACGUCGUCCCUAUCUCAGGCCUCUUCAUCAGCUUACAGAUACUCUACGUUAUAAUGAUGUACAUCUCGGUCUACCCCGUCGUCAUCACCAUGCGCCAUUCCAACAUUUACGAGGAGCGAUCACUCGGCAUAUACAGCGACGACAUAGACACCGCAUCCGAGAUCGACCCUGAGGUGGCCGAUCCCUUGCUCCCUAUAGGCAGUCGACCUCCGACACUGGCACGCACUACUAGCAUUGGCGCGGCUUCUGCCCGACCUUCUUUCUUGGCACGUCGACUGAGCCGUUCGGGCCCGGUCAUCGAAGCUCGUCGCGCGUUCAAGAGCACCUUCAUGAGCUUUCACGGUGUUGGUGUUGUGCCACCGAAAGGACCGGGACUUGGGCAGAGCGCCGCCGAGCAGGGCGAGAGUCGCGUCAGUUUCAUCAGCCACCAGAUUCGCGGACAGCUUGCCCAUGAUCUUUGGUGGUUGGUUCUCGCUGUUUUGAUCAUCACCAUCAUCGAGACGUCAAAAUUCAUCCAAGAUCCCGUGACGUUUUCGGUCUUUAACAUCAUAUUCGAGGUCGUCUCAGCAUACGGUACGGUCGGAAUAUCAGUCGGCAUACAAACUGACGCGUACAGCUUCUGCGGCGCCUGGCACGUCGGAAGCAAGCUCGUUCUGUGCCUGGUGAUGUUACGUGGCAGACAUCGAGGGCUGCCAGUUGCGCUGGACCACGCGGUGCGACUUCCAGGACGGCAGCUCCAUCGGUAUGAAGAGGAGGACCAUCAGAUACGGAGGAGCAGGACAAUCGAGCUGGAACGGUAG